CAGCGCCGAGUUAACAAGUGUUAAAACACGAGCCGAGCGGCAGCCAGUGUCGCGGAAAAUGUCUUGGUUUUUUGGCAAAAAGAAGAAGGAUUCACCUCCGGAUACUCCCGAAGAUGAGGACCCGUCUGCGGGUCAAGGAGACGGAUUUAUAUUUGUAGAACGAAAAGAGGAUCAGCAGCCAAGGCCAGGAAUGAUAGACGGCUUCAAUGGCCCGCCAGGGCCCCUUUAUCCGAAUAUCAACACUAUCCCGCAAUACCCACCAUCGAUGCCUGCGGCAGUGCCGCCGAACCAAAGUAUAGAACCGAUCCAAAAUAUACUCAACGGAUUGCCUUUUAAAUUAUGCAAACAAUUGGAGGACAAUCUAAACGAUGAUAUUGAAAUAGACAAAAACAGAGUAAACGAAAUUUUGUCGUAUAUAUUGAGAAUAGAGAAUGGUGAUGAUAUCAUAUACGAUUUUGCCCUUGAGAAAAGUGUCAUUAAUGAGAUAGACAGCGCUGAAUCGGGAAUUUAAUAAACCUCGUUUUCUACUGCUCUGUUAGGUGUAAUAAUGUGAACUGUUGAUAAGAAAUGCAAAUUUACUGUAAUAUACUGACAGGCGUUGUGGUAGGUUAUAUUUUUCUGACAAAAAGUUAGUAGAUACCAGCCCCUGUAUACAGUGGCAACUACAGGUAAACCCUCUAUAUUUUUCAAGUCGUGGAUAAAUAAGCAAAACAUAUUGAAAACACACAUUCAUGCUAAUUUCCCAAGUAAACGAUAAUGUUACUACAGUUUUGGGUCUUUACAGUACGACAUUCGGUGCGGACCUAAUUUAUGAAUUUUAUAAUUCAAAAUGUUAUUAUUGUACAUUUACCUUAUCCACAUAAUACUAUGUUUGUCGAGCUUCAAAACUUAGGAGAAAGAUGCCAUGUUCAUUUAGACGUUUGUACGUUGUUUUAAUUAAAGGAUCUAAUUAAGUUAAUUUUAUAUACAUAAAUACUAUCAAAAUAUAACAUUAUAACUGACAGGUAAUACCAAAUAACAAAAGGCAACUAUGAGACUUGUGAUACACCUUGUUUGAAAAAAAAUAAUGGUGUAAUUAUGCUUGACAUGUUUUGCUCUGAAUCGCUCAAAAUCUGAGAAAUGUUUACCAACCUAGUGGGAUUAACUGAAUAGCAUGAGCUAUUGCCAAUAUUGGUUCAGAAUUUUUUCAACUCAGUUAAUUUUUAUUUUUUUAUUCAAUCAAAUAUACAAAUAUUAAUUAGUUUUGUUCACAGAAUUAUCGAAACUGCCCAAUUUUCUUAUUUGCAUUUGGGUAAGAAUUGAGAGUAUAUUGCAACGAUUAGAUAAAGAAUAAAUAAUAAUUUAUGUACAAUUCAUAACUACAGGCCAUAUCUGUAUAAUCAAAUAGAAAAUUCACAAUUACGGAAUCA